AUGUCACAACUCACGAUACUACGGGGAUAUAGAGAUCCUACAAAGAACGACUUAUUAGCUGAUUAUUUUAGGCUUCCUAUAUCUUCUGAACCGUUAUCAGAACUCGCUGCGACGUUCGGCGUUCACGGUACGGGCCAGGUAUUCAGCGGGAAUCUCUAUCUUUUUAAGAGCUUUCUAUGCUUUCAGUCUUACGAUAAGAGAAGCUGCGUUACAAAUAUACCUUUGUAUUCUAUUAGGAGAGUUGAGAGACUUUCAACUAUCAACCAACCGGGGACACUCGCAUUAUCGCUCAUACUCUGGCAUGGACUUAAACUUGUAGUGCAACUAAACACUCUAAAACCAACUUCAGAUGAGUUCUGCAAUCAUCUGAAGCAUAGCUUGCGCGAACAGCUUAGCCAAAUGAAGCACGUUAAGGCCUUCGCCAAGGGUUGUUACUCUGAGCGACUCGUCGGCGAGGAAAUAAACGAUAACGAUAAUGACGACCUUGACCAUAAAGAUAACGAUAAUGAUAACGAUAACGACAAGACAUAUCACCACGGUUUGGGUGUACAAUUUAAAUAUCCAGGCGAUCCAAAGAAACUCAGAGAAAAGACAAAGUUACGUCUCUGGAAGGAGUAUUUUAGAUUGCAUGGUCGCAACAUCACUCUCGUCAGAUACCCUCAAUUCAUCAGACUCGUACAAGUCGGUCUGCCUUCAAGACUCCGUGGUGAAAUGUGGGAAAUCCUUUCUGGUUCGAUAUACGACCGAUUUGCGAAUCCAGGCGAAUACCAACGCAUUCUUGAGUUACACGAUGGACAAUCGAGCAUGGCAACUGACGAGAUCGAGAAGGACCUUAACAGGAGUCUCCCUGAAUACGGCGCAUACCAAGACCCAGCAGGUAUUGCCGCUCUGAGGAGGGUUUUAACUGCUUAUAGCUGGCGUAAUCAGGAGCUCGGAUACUGUCAGGCAAUGAACAUCCUCGUCGCGGCCCUACUCAUAUAUAUGUCAGAAGAGCAGGCAUUUUGGUUUUUGGAUAAAAUAUGCACGCGUAUAUUACCCGGAUACUACAGUGCAUCGAUGUACGGUACACUACUCGACCAAAAGGUUUUCGAACACCUCGUCCAAAGAACCAUGCCAUCUUUGCAUGAACACUUCGUUGAAUCUGAUAUCCAACUUUCCGUUUCAUCACUUCCAUGGUUUUUGAGUCUUUACAUCAAUUCUAUGCCACUCGUCUUUGCAUUUAGGAUUAUCGAUUGCUUUGUGGCAUUCGGACCAAGAGUUCUUUUCCAAGUCGGUCUCGCAGCCCUUAAAGUCAACUACGCUAAGCUUAUCGAUGCGACUGACGAUGGAAUGGUCUUGAAUAUAUUCAGAGAUUACUUCGCUAGUCUUGAAGAACCAGUACAGCCAAACUCAACCGAUCCAAAGGUACUCAACAUUACGAACUUUUCAGAACUCCUAGUCGUUGCAUUCAGAGAGUUCAGUGUUAUCACCGAUGACACUAUCAUUGAAGAGAGGAGAAGAUUCAGGGCUGGUAUUGUGAAAUCCAUCGAGUUGUUCUCAAAGCGCUCAGCUAUACGUAACCUGAAAGACCAGGCCAGGUUCGGACCUGAUGGAGUGAAUAAAAUCUUUGAUCACUUCUUCUAUGCUUUAUGUAAAACACCAACGCCUUUGGCAGCAUUACCACCAUCAACCCCAUCGAAAUUACGCGAAAAUGAAGAACUUUCAGAUAGAACUGAAACAGUAAUUGAUUUGGCUACUUUUAGGGUUUUCUUAUCUGAUAUUGCGACAUGGGCUCGUGAUGAAAAAAUCAUCAACAACGGCUUCCAAGAGCGUAUUGUACGUUCAGUUCCUGAAAAUGAAAUAUACAGGAAGUUAUUCAAGAGCUGGGACUACACUGGACGUGAUGCACUCGGUUUACAGGAUCUCGUGAGGGGGUUAGACAGCGUUAUGUUCAAUGGAUUGCUCGAUAACAUUGAAUGGUUUUUCAAUCUACAUGAUUCAGAUAAUGACGGUUACCUCACUAAAGAUGAGCUAGUACAGCUCUCUGAGAGUCUCUUAUUUAUAUUCCGUGCUGAACCUGGCGACGCUUACCUCGGAGCAGUCAGUAAAUUCAUGACGAAUGCUUUCGAAUAUGCCGAUAGCCUCAUUGAACAACCACAAGCAGUUAAAGAAACGAACAAAAACGAUGAACCAAGUCAAAAAGAUCCUCUAAGCGCGACAGAGGUAUCUGACAACUGUGUGCCUGGAUCACCUCAGGUUAGCAACCAUGAUCCAUACAUUAAUUUGGCCACAUUCAGAAUGGUCUGUCUGGCAGAUGAACUCCUCGAAGCCUUCUUCGAUACAGAUCUCAGACAGAGUUUCAAAUUCGAAGACGUACCUCAAUCUGCUAUUGACCAACCACUUAUCGACUUGUCAACAUUAGACGACAUUGGCAUUGGCAGUACGGGUUUGGUAGGUAACAUCCUUGGUGGGAUAUUUAGCAAGGAUAAUAAGGAAAUAUUGAAUGGUAUAGCGGACGAAAUUGGUAAAUCUAUUGGUAAACAUCAAGUAAUCUACAGACCAUCAUUCGGUAGAGUCAAUAGCGAGGUUGAGAUUGAGGAAAAGAGGAGACCAGCACCUGAAGAGAAGGACAGUAGUAUUGUCAGUGGAGUGGCAAAUCUCUUGUCAUCGACACCAUCAUGGUUCAGCAGGUCGAGAUCCGAUAUCGGACAAGCGGAAGAACAAGAAAUGGAAGAGAAGACAAGGAAGCCAGAAGAGACAUCCCUACUUAGUCAGGGCGAUCAGAACAAUGGUGAAUCACACCUCGCAUCUAUCAAAGCAGCACAAGAGGCACUCGCCAAUCGUCAAGCAUUCGCAAUUGACCAACGCGAAGAUGAUGAUGAAGACUUCGAUGAAUCCCUUAAUGAUGAUGAAGAAGCAGGUGGUGAAUUCGCAAUUGGUAGUGAUGAAGAUGAUGACAUGAUCGACGAAGUUGAUGCUAUUGAGCUUGAUGAUCAGCAUGCAAUAGUUGCAGAGGAAGCUGAGAAGAUUUUGAAUGCACCAGUAGACAAAGACCAAAGAAUUUAA